AGCGCGGGCGCGGGAGGGGGGGCGGCUCCCGCCGCUCCCCCGCUACCUGCUCAGCCUCCCGCCGCCGCUGACGGUCUGCGCGGCGCGGAGCAGCCGCGGCUCCAUCUGGCUGCCAAACCCACCCGCGCUCGCUUCCCCGCGCCGCCUCCCGCCUCCCCCGCCGCCCCCCUUCCCCGCCGCCGCCCGCCCCCAUCGCCGCCUCUUUUUCUCACUCCCAGCGCUGGCGGAUGCUGAAGCCGAGCGUCACUUGGGCUCCCACGGCAGACAUGGCGACACUGACAGUGGUCCAGCCGCUCACUCUGGACAGAGAUGUUGCCAGAGCAAUUGAAUUACUGGAAAAACUACAGGAAUCUGGCGAGGUACCAGUGCACAAGUUACAAUCCCUCAAAAAAGUGCUUCAGAGUGAGUUUUGUACUGCUAUUCGAGAGGUGUAUCAAUAUAUGCAUGAAACAAUAACUGUCAGUGGCUGUCCCGAAUUCCGUGCCAGGGCCACAGCAAAGGCAACAGUUGCAGCUUUUGCAGCUAGUGAAGGCCACUCCCACCCUCGGGUAGUUGAGCUGCCAAAGACUGAUGAAGGCCUUGGUUUUAACGUGAUGGGAGGAAAGGAGCAAAAUUCCCCCAUUUAUAUCUCGCGCAUCAUUCCUGGAGGGGUGGCUGAAAGACAUGGAGGCCUCAAAAGAGGAGACCAGCUGCUCUCAGUGAAUGGAGUGAGUGUGGAAGGGGAGCACCAUGAAAAAGCUGUGGAGCUGCUCAAGGCUGCUAAGGACAGCGUCAAGCUGGUUGUACGAUACACCCCAAAAGUCCUGGAAGAAAUGGAGGCUCGCUUUGAAAAGCUCCGGACAGCCCGGCGUCGGCAGCAGCAGCAACUGUUAAUUCAGCAGCAGCAACAGCAGCAGCAACAACAGACACAGCAAAACCACAUGUCAUAGAUCUUUCAAGAAUAGAAACUUGAUCUAACAUCCGAAAGUCACAAAUUUGAAACCGGGCUUCAGAAUCCCAGCACAUAGUAAAAGAAAAAAAGGAGACACACUGAUAAUUAUACCUGUCAAAAAGCUGGGAACACGUGACGACGUGGUGUAUAAAUUCUUUACCAAGGCAACUCGGCACCUUUCUCUGAGGCUGACACCCACUAUUCACAUGUUCUUUAUACACCCAGACCUUCCGUUCACAGCAGGGGGAAAUCUCACGUGGAAAGGGGGACAUUUUUCUAGUCUACACACUGACACCAUACAAAAAGAAUAAAGUCUGUGACUUUCAAAUGAAUCACCAGGGCCAGAAUUAAGUGAAUUUUAGUCUAUAGUUUUUUUUCUGGAGAUUAACAAAUCCAUCAUUAGACUGUAGUUCAAGAUGCCUCAGUUCAAAGUGUCACCAAUUAAACUUACACAUUGGCCCUACGCCCUACUUUGUUCCACAACCCCGUUGCAGAGUUGUCAGAAUUUCAGUAAAUUGUACAUUCAACCUUAUUCCCCUCUUAAAAACAGCGAGUUAUUAUAUAAUAUUUAUACUGUCUUCAGGUUCUAGAAGCAACCAGCUUUCUAUUUUCUGUUUCCGUGAAUUUUAUUAGGCAUUCAUAGAGUGGGGAAAUUUGGGCACAACUUUUAAUUUGCUAGAAGCAAGGCUAGAGAACUCUAGUACUGUAUUUUUUUUAAGUAUUGCUUGUAUUUAUUAUUAAUUCUAACAGAAUAUAAUGUAUAUUUAUUCCAUAAAAUAUAUAUUAUCAGAGUGUAUUUGUUAUAAACCCAAGUCUUUUCUUACCAAGUGUUACGAAUCUGGUGAGAGAAUACUGGUAAUGAUGUAGCUUCAUGACCUGAUCUUAUGAUGUUUAUAUAGAGAACCCUGCUCUCGGUAUUUUUUGUUAAGCUUUAUAUUUUUAAUUGCUAGACUGAGGAAAUCUAAAACUUUACCUACAUUGACAUGCUCUCAUAGAAUUCAAUUCAUAUUUUAAAGUUUAGGAUUUAUAAAGCUAAAGUAUAACAUAAGUUCAUAUAUAUGCAAGUAUAUAUGUCACUCAAAUUUAGAAUUUUUUCUCCAAAUACAAAUUGGAUAUUUUUGGCAAUUUAAAACCAAAAGCAUUGUUCCUCUUAAAAUCAGGCAUAUAAUAUUAUAAAUGGAAAGAUGCUGCUCCUUCUAAAAUGGAAAACAUACCUGAUUUAUUACAUAUAUUCAUGUAGGUAAAUAACAAAGGAAUACCUUUCAGAAAGCCUCACUUACUGGAAAAAUUUCCUUUCGAACUACCCAUAUAAUUUGUUACUUUAAGUUAUGCCAAACUAGGCAUGUAGACCCAACUCUAGUCCGUGGAAUGACUAGAGACAAUAAUUAUUUUGGCAAUUUAAUACGUUUGGCACUUAAACACACUUAAGCAAACACAAGUUCCUGAAAUAAAAAUGAAUAUCCAUCUGAAAUAUUCUAGAUAUAUCAUUAAAACUGAGGCAAAUAAUUGUAUAUUCCAUUUUCUCAAGUGCAGAAGCUGAUUCUUCAGGAUACAAUAAAUUUCACAUUUCAGAUAGUUCCUCAAAUUAAAAUUUUAUGAACUCAAUUUAGGAAUUUUCUCCUUGAAAAUAAUUUCAAACCAGUCUUUAAACUAAUAUAUUUUAUUUUUCCCCACUGAGUGGUAUUUUUGUCAUUUAUUUUCAUGUUUUUAUCACCCAGAUUAAAACAAGUAGUAAGGACAUGAAAAGAUUCACCAAUUUCAACAAAGACUUGCUGUGGUCAGAGAUACCCAUCCCUAAAAACAUUUUUCAGUAGAGAAAACUUGGGUGGGAGGGUCCUGAGUAUUAUGUAAAAUAUAUUUACAAAAGGACCGGCAUGACUAAUGGGUAUGAAUGGAGAUUACAUGAGUAGUUCAGCUUGAAAAAAAUAUUUCUCAUUUUUAUAAGAAAAUUUAAUAAAUUAAUGAAACAUAUAUUUUACUUAUCACUUUACAAAAAAAUAUCAAAGCUAUUCCAGUGAUUCCACUGAUUUUCACAAAGGAAAAACAUUGUAUCACUGGAAUAACAAAACAGUCAUUUCAACAUAUUUCAAUACAUUCUAUGUGUUUGGAGCUUAAAAGUAUAUUUUCAUUGAAUUUAGUUUCCUUGAUAAUUGUUUUCACUUCAAUAUAAAUAUUGUCAUGAUGUGUCAGAAGCAGCUACCCAAUGAGCAAGAUAGCUUAUAUUUGUUUAUUACAAGUCUUUGUCUUCACUUUUUUUUGCAUAAUUUAAUUGCUAAUAAGUGACCAACAAGUUGUUUAUCAAAGUUAAGGGAUGAUGCAUUACACCUGAGUUUCUAAUGACAGAAUGCAUGUUGUCAUAUGUCAGAUACUAAUGAUAUUUCAGAUGACCAAUUUUCUUCAGAAAAUUCUUGUUUUCAAAAUUUAAGUUUUCUCCUCAGGUUUCAAUCAAAAGUAAUCAUCCUUAAAACUUAAAAGGCCCCUUAUGGUUGGUAACCCUUUUUUAAAAAACUCUUCCCUGCUAUGAUUAUAUCUGAAAGUAAAUAAAAGUAACAGAAUUCAGUAAAAGAAUGGAUACCUGAACCUUUCCAUCCGGUCAUUUACAUUUUUAGUCUUUGACUUUUGAAAUAGAGUCUUCAGAUAGAUAAUGAGCUUAAAUUACAAUUGACUUUGGAAAGAAUAAGAGACUUUUGUGUUUCCUCAUCAUGUAAUCAAUAGGGAAUUCUCUAGUUAUGUGAACUGCCAGUAUCUUUUAAAACACUGCUAAAAUCUCAAUACAAAAUGGAGUUGGUGGGGUGGUGGCUUUUUAAAAAGAACUCAAGGCUGUUUCUGACUUGACUAAGAUGAAUUACACCAAUUUAUGAAAGCAGUUCUCAAGCAUGAUGAAUCAAACUGAUCUAAUGUCAUUUUAUUAUAGUCAUCUGUUCCAAUAGGAUUCCAAGACACUGUAAUAUUUGUCCACGUUAUUCUAAACAUCUAUAGGUAUCUGUGGAUGUGUGUAUAAUGCCUGAAUUUCUCAUUGCUUCGCUAGUUGUGUUCAGCAUACAGACACAGCCAAUUAGUAAAACCGGUACUAGACAACAAUACAAAGUAGAAAUCAAUCCUCUAAAGAUUCAGGGAGGUAAUGUAAGGCACGAUUUCCAAAAAAAAAACCUGCGUAGACCUAUCCUUCUUUUAUUCCUUCAAAUAAAUUCCACAAAGAAAAGAGUUGCUUGCCUUGUAGGCUGUUGUUUCCCAGGCAUCUGGCAUGAUGCCCAGCACAGUGCAGACACACAGUAUUUGUUGAACGAAUGAAUGAAUGAUUGAAUAGAGAGAUUAACCAAAAAAUGCUCUCCAAUUAUUUCAAAAAUGUCACCAGCUUAUAUAAUACUGCAAUUUUUAAAUUUUCAUAAAAUCAAAAAUGACUCUUGAUAAAUACCUUUUAGAUAUAUGAAUUUGAAGUGAAUUAAUCCAAAGCCUAGAGAUUGAGGACAUUUAAUUGCAAAAUAGUAUUUAGGGAGUCAGAGUUUUUAUAAUAACUAAAAUUCAAACUUUCUAUUUUUUUUAAUUUUUAAGAACUCUUACAUUUUUUGUCAAGGCCAAUCCAAACAUGAGGCUCUUUAUAAAUUUUAUAAAAAGUUAGGUCCUUUUUUAAGACAUAUCAUAUCAUGUUUAUUAUUAAUAACUCAAGCAAUAUAACAGCUUAUGAAAUUUGGAGUAUUAAGAGGCUAUCUCCCUAAAUCAUCUGUUUUAAAAAGUGUGACUCUUCUGUUUUAAGAAAGUAAUGAAACUUUAUUUCUGUCACUGACAUAUUUAUCAUGAAUAUUAAUGACAGAAGUUUAUUUUCAUGCCCAUACAAAAAAAAAGAUCUGCAUUUAGCAUUGUUCCUCCUUUCACACUUGAUUCCUCAAAGUUGAAUUUAAGAUUCCCAGCUAGUAAGACAUUUCCUUCUUUUUUUUUUUUUGACAAAUAUUGGUUGCUCUGCUAGUAUGUGCUAAGCUUUGGAAAUACAAUGGCAAACAAGAUAAGCAGAGGACACUCAGAGCUUACAGUAAAAGACCCUCAACACUUUAGCACUAGAGUUUACUGCCAUUACUCUUCACAUCUGAUACAAAAAAUAAAAAUCCCUCAUCCCAUGGAAAUCAUAGAAAUUCCUUGCCCAGAUUUAUGUGAGCAUGCUUUUCUAAAUAUACUACUCAAAUAUGCUAUUAAAUUUAUCCAUAUAUUAUACUUACACUCUACUGAGGUAGAGAAGUAGCCAUUUUAUUUAGUUCUUACUAUGUACAAUUGCACUCCAUGCUCUCAUAUUCUAUAUUAUUCAGUACACUUAACAACUCUAAUUAGAAGUUAAGAGAUAAGAAUACUGAAGCUCAUACAUGAAAUUUAUCUGAUAUCACACAGCUAACAGAUGGUACUGGGAUUUGAGUCCAUGCAAGGUAACACAACAACUCAUGUGUCUAUUAUCUAUGGUCUGGGGAUACCACUAAAACAGAUGAAUUACCAUAUAUAAAAGCAUUUUGGCAUUAUAAAGUAAUAUAGAGAAUCACCGUAGUGAAUAUUACAGUCAACAAACCAUAUUAAUGUCAGAAGCUGUGAGAAAUCAAUCUUAUGUUAUAUCUUAUUCUCAUAAAACAUUCUUAAAGCCAGGAACAUGAAUAAAAGUACCUAUCCAGAAAGUGUCUGAUGUCAUAGAUAUUUUAAUGAUAUUUUUGAAUUACUUAAUGUUAGCCACUGUGUCUAUCUGGUGCUACAAAAAGAAACAACAAAAACCCCUUGCUGUAAGGGCUUAUAAUACACAGUGUGGAGAUGAACCAGUGAUAUUUCAUGGUUGCGGGAAAGGAUUGGGCAAUAGUACUAUUUUCUCACCAUUGCAUGUGACCAUGUCUUCUAAUUGUUUUCAUUAUUUUUCUGAAAGAGCUGAGAAAUUGUGCAGUGGUUCAACCUGACCAAAGUGGUUAUUAUGCUGCUGGGAAGUAAAAGUAUUAUACACCAGA